GUGUGUAUGAAGAUUGUCUCGUUUGUGCUGAUCGUCUCGUCGGUGGCGUUCACUGUACUCUUCAUAUCGAAACUAUACGAUCGCAUCGACGCCCUCCAGACGGCCAUCAAUGACCUGUCCAACAGUGGUAAUGGUAUUCCUCAAGAACUGCAUUCCAUUCACUCGCGAAUGAAACUCUUGGACACGAAUAUCAGCGCCAUUAAGGCCGACGUGUUUCGGGCCUUCGAUAGUAUCGCUAAUCUGACACAAGAAGUGAAACAAAUGAAGAGUCAAUUGAAUAAAAUUGCCGACUCUGUGGAGGCGGCGCCCGCUAUAAGACAAUUGCCCAAAGAGUUGCAGGACUUGCAAAAGGUUGUGGCAGAAAUGGGCUCUCGACUCACCACUAAUGACAACGAAAUUAAGACAAUGAAAGACAAGCAGAACGCGGAUCAGACUCGUAGCGAUUCAAUCGCCGACGAUUUGAGCGCAAUUCACGGCAAUAUUACCGAAUUGUACGAAACCGUUGACCGCAAUGGUAACGGUUCGGCGAGUGAGGCCCGAGUGGACCACAACGCCAACCAAUUGAGUCAAUUGGCGGAUAACGUGAAUCAUUUGCAACAGUUUUACAAACAAUUGAUUAACUGGAAG